CACGAACUUGGUUUAACUAUAUGGUCGACACUAGGUACCCUUGGUGAGUGCAAAUGAUUCUCGAUCGAAAUGAUGCCUUUGGGUUUAGCUAUCAUGAUGUGUUGUGGUGGUCGAGUGGCUCUCAGCCCAACUAGCAGCUUGGCGCUUCAGCCGCAUCCAAGGGUCCAACUGCAGGUUGUGAUGGUGUCGACGAAUCACCGUCUUUCCGAGUUCUUGGGGGCAGCGAGACAAGCAGAGACAAGCCAAUGCUCUGGGGUGGCACUUUGAACAGCUUGGUAUUUGAAGUCACUGCCACGAGCCAUGCAAGCAUUGCAGCACGCCCCUCCCUCUCAGCGAAAAGACAAGGGUUCAGUUUUGCUCUUUUCUUCUAGAAUGGGGUUGACCGCAUUUCUUGAUUUGGUGACUAAAUAUUGGUGUAGCCUUGCGCGUUUGGGCUGGUCAGCUGGGUAAGACAAGAGUAAGGUUUACGCGUGCGGGUUGUGAUGUAAAAAGCCCCCGACCUGUUCGUCAGAGGGGUUUUUUUCUCUUUGGUUCUCAUCUUUUAUUUUUAUUAGGUUUUCAGUCUUUUAACGACGGAAAAACCGGCAAGUGUGAAAGACAACAAACAAACAGGCAGACAAGAUGUCGACCGCCCUCCGCAAACCCGGCCGUGAGCACUUCCCCAUUUAUCCCAAGGGGUUUAUUGUCUUGAGGAUCCUCCAGCUGGUGGUCGCGGUGAUUGUUCUGGGGUUGGUGGCGUAUAGUAUUCACUUUUUGGCUUGGGAUGGGAAUGCGUUCAUGUUGGCUGUGGCCAUCAUGACAAUCCUCACCUCCAUCUACCACCUCGUCGCCUGGUUCGGCGCCCCAGAAGCCUUCAACUACUGGGCCGUCCUCGCACUGGACAUCCUCCUCAUUGUGAUGUGGCUGGCUUCCUUCUCAGUCGUGGCGGCGCAUAUCGCUCCUUGGAUGCAGUAUUAUGGUAGUUACCUCUAUCUUACCUCGACAUACGAGCAGGCUUGGUGGACUGGGUUGGCGGCUGCUAGUGGGAUGGUGCCCUUCAUGUGAUUUCGUUGAUCAUCCACUCGAUCAGACUCCAUAGACACCGCAAGGAAGGCGGGCACUCCCAGGCGGGUGUGCCUUUUGGUCCUAAGCCUACUGUUGGAACGGUGCAAGUUCCUCAGGGGCAGCAGCAACAGCAGCAGCAGCAGCCGGUGGUGUACCAGCAGGUUCCUCAGCAGCACUUCCAGCAGCAGUUUCAGCAGCAGCCGCCUGUUUAUCAGCAACCGCAGCAGCAGGUUUAUCAGCAGCAACCGGCGACUCAGGAGAAACAAGUGUAUUCUCCGCAGCCUCAGCAACCUGUGCCGGUGCCGCAAGGGCAGUUUUAUCAGCAGCAGUGAGGGUGUGCAAUGUGAAUGACCGGCUGAUGAUGUGAUGGAUUGGAGUUGAGUUAGACGCAAGGUCUGGGUGUUUGGUUCCUUGUGUGGUAGGGUAAUGUUGAUUGAUGAUGGAUACUUAACGAUGGAUAUCAUGAUGUAUGGGUAUACCCGGGUGUUUUCGUUUCUAUUAGGGCAUCAUGUACGUCGUCAGGAUACCGGAGUAAUAUAUUGGGCUGUAUAUAUCAUCAAGAAAAGACUGGAAACGCGUAUGGUUUAUAGUCAAAUCAGCGGGCAGUUUGGAUUUUGCUUUCGAAAGCC